CAUCCAUCCAUCCAUCCAUCCAUCACCAUCGUCGUCAAUCCGUCACUACCGCACAUGUCAACAACAACUUUGACUCGUUACCAUCCCCUCCGCCGGAGACGUCCCCAUUGACAAACAAGCCCCCGACAUGCUCGGCUGCUGACGCCCCAUCCGACAGAGACUCCAUACCUACCUACCUAGGUACCUACACUACUGCGUAGGUACUGUAGUCACCCCAGACUGGUCCUCACCUAACUCCAUCCAGAACCGUAGGUUGUUGGUUGGAUCAUCGCCGAGCGAGCGGCUCUCCGCGUGACGUCCAUUCCCUUCACCUACAUAUCACCUCAACCUUCAACAUACCCCCCGACCCCGAUCCCGUUCCAGUCUCAACGUGAACACGGUCGCAUACGAGCAUACAACAAGAGUCGGCCAUUCAAUCUACCUACGAGGUCGCCCCCUCCCCGGCGCACCACACGGGAUACCAAUGGGCCCCGCUACUGCCACCAGCGCGUCGCCAAACAUGUCGCAACCCCAACCGCCGCCGCCGCCAGUCGCGACCAAGGUCAAGCGUCCUAUUCCCCUAGGAAUCCAGACCAACGGCAUCAACACAGCCUCGCCCAACUCGGCCUCCCCUCUAAUGUCCGCCAAGCGCGCCCCGUCUUCCGCCCGUCAGCCGUCAAAUCCCCCCGGCGCAAACACCAUGGCCAACGGCUCCCCUGCUCGACCCCCCCCUCCGAAUCGUCCCCGUAAUCGGGCCCCGUCUGGCCAUGGCCCCGUUCCCGGAAGCGCUCAACGCCCUCCAGCUUCCGCUACCCUCUUCGAGCCACCGUCUGUCCCCAAUGUCCCAAUAUCGGACCGGGCUUUCCUCAAAAAGCACGCCGGGAACCCGCCUUCCUUGAUCGUACACCUUCAUCCGAACCACUGGCGCUUCGAUCAACAAGAAACUGUUACCAGCUACACGUCAGCCCUUGGCGCGGCCUUCAUCCCCCACCUAAAGACUCGCACUAUUCCUCAUUCUCUCCUUCUGGACUUCCACACCGCCGACGUUUCCUUUUACGACGGUUGCUUGAUCGUCCAAGUCUACACCUAUGGGACAACCACUGCGUCCAAAGGCCCGGCAGAGCCGGUUCCGGCUUCAAAUGACCACUCCAUCCACAGGUGGUCGCCCUACGUUACUCCCUCGUCGUAUGCGCCAUACCCAAAGGAGGCCCUCCAGGAGCACCAGGGCGCCCAGCCCAACGGACUCAUCAAGCAGCAAGAUGCAAAGGGCCACGACAAGGAAAACAUUCCCGCCCAAGAUGGCCAGGCCAACGGCCAAAGUAAUCAAGAGGUGACCCGCAAACCUAUAACCAUUGUGCUACGCCCCACGCCAGAAAGUCUGGCUACGGAUCUGGCAUUGGGCAUCAGCAACCCCAUGUCCAAGGUUAUGGCAAUUCCGCCAACUCCCGGCGCCUCUGCCCAACCAGUACAGACACCCAUGGGGCCACCCAGUAGGAAAAGAAAGCUGGACCAGAUUGACCUAGACCCGAGCAACCUUGUGGCCGCCGAGGCCCAGAUCUUGCUAAGCACCCUACCACCUCUCGACCUGGAACCGACAAGAGAUGCUGAACAGCUUAUCGCGAAGCUCGAGCAGCAAAUAGUAUCAGACCCGGCGCAUUCGCAUGCCCCACCAGAACCCAAGCGACGCAAGAAGACGGACGCCGAGCUGGCAGAGGAAGACGCCAAUGCCAGGCAGAUGGAGCAGUAUAUGCUUGCGUGCGACGAGCGCAGGUCCAACAGGGCUGCUGGUGCCCCAGGAGCUGGUCAUGGGUCAGAUGGGACAGGGCAAGCCACCGGAUCAGGGUUCGAGCCGCGCUUCAACCAGUUCCAGCUUCUUGAAGAGAUCAAGGCCCGAGUGGAACAGGAGAAGGCUGAGAAGGAGCUUCAGGAGGCCGAGCAAAGGCGGAUUCUAGCCAUGAAGCAACGGGAACAGCAGCAGCAGCAGUUGGCAGCCGCUCAGGCAGCGAAGCAACAACAGUUGGCGGCGGCUCAAGCGCAGGCGGAUCAGCAGCAACAACAACAGCAGCAGCAGCAGCAACAACAAGCCUUGCUUGUCGCUCAACAAAAACAAAUGGAAAUGGAGCGCUUGAAGAAGGAGCAAAACCAAAAGAGAAUGGCCAUGGUGCAGGCCCAGCAGCAGCAACAGGCUCAGCAACAACAGGCUCAACAACAAGCGCAAGCUCAAGCGCAAGCACAAGCUCAAGCGCAAGCUCAAGCGCAAGCACAAGCUCAAGCACAAGCCCAGGCUCAGGCUCAGCAGCAGGCCCAGCAGCAAGCCCAGCAGCAAGCCCAACAGCAAGCCCAACAGCAAGCCCAGCAGCAGGCCCAACAACAACAGCAGCAGGUCCAGCCGACUUCGAUGGGAACACCACAUACUAUGCCUGCUACCAUGCAAAAUAGCCCGAAUUUGGGUAACAACAUGCCUAAUGGUGUAGCUAGGUUCCCUCAAGUAUCGCAAGGCCAGGUAUCAUCACCGAUUAUCCGGCAAAACACGCCACAGAUGGCAUCGUCACCCAUGGUCAACAGCGUAGCCAUGCAAGCUUCCAAUUCUAACAUGGGCGGGAGCCCGGCACGACCCCCAUCCGUGGCUCCGAGCCAUGGUCCGAUGUCCGUUCCCAUGGCCACCAGUAUGUCUGCUAGAGGCAGUCAACAGAGCCACGCAGCUGGAACGCCUAGGAUGCCCAGCGCUACCCCUAACAUGGUUCACGCAACGCCCAUGAGCCGUCCUUCCGUCGUACCAACGCCACGCCUGUCCCAGGCAAGCCCACCACCUGGUAUGAUGGCGAACCAGCAAGUUGGCCAGGCCAUGCUGAUGAACGGCCCUACGGGAAUGCCUCAGAUGGGCGGUAUUCCGGUUCCACCACAAAACAUGAAUCCUCAACAGGCUGCUGUCUUCAUUGCUCAACAACAGCGAGCGCUCCAGCAACGUAUGGCUGCUGCUGGUCUUCAGGGACAUGGCAACCCCAUGAUGGCCGGGCAGAUGACACAAGCCCAGCUACAACAACGGUUUGCCCAGCAACAGAUGCUCGCUGCUCGCCAACAGCAGCAGCAGCAACAACAGCAGCCGCACAUGAUGGCUCCUGGCACUCGAGAUAUUGCUGCGCAGUACUCUGCCCAGCUGGCUUCUCUGCACCAACAACAACAACAACAACAGCAGCAGCAGCAGCAGCAGCAGCAAUACAUGGGUCAGAUGCAAGGGCAGAUGCGCGCGGGUAUGGUUGGUCAACCAGGGCAAGCGGGAAUGAUCAAUAUGGCCAGUCUAAACCCUCAACAAGUAGCCUUGAUGCAACAACAGUUCGCCUUGCGACAGCAACAUACACAGCAACAGCAACAAAUGGCCCAACAGCUCCAACAGCAGCAAGCCGCACAGCAAGGCCAGCCCGGCGUUUCCGCUCCCGGCCAACCCGGCAUGCACGGCCAAGUUGGUGUCCCCCGGCCUAACCCCGCGAUGCCGCCAAUAACCCAGCAGCAACUGGCUGCCCUCUCCGUCAACCCAGCUGUGAUCCAGCAGAUCAAUAAUGUGACGAGCUCGCUGUAUUCCAAGAAGCUUCCCAAUUUUGCCGAGAAAUGGGGAGGUCAGCCAGCCAAUAUCCCGCCAGGGGAGUUGGAGGCGUUCAAGAACCAGUGUCGGCAGCAUGCAAAGACCAUGGUGAUACAGAACUUCUUGAAGACACAACAGCAAGCGCAGGCACAGGCGCAGGCGCAGAUGGCGGGACAGGCUGGUGGACACGGUCAGUUGAGCCAGCAGCAGAUGCAGCAGAUGGCUCAGCAAAUGAACGCUGGCCAGAUGGGCCAGGGAGGGAUGCAGGGUCAGAUGGGCAACGGUAUGGCUGGGCAGAUGAACGGUAUGGCGGGCCAAAUGGCAGCACAACAAAUGGGCCAGCCGAUGAAUCCCAUGACGGUGCAGCAGUUGCAACAGCACAUUCACUUGCAGAUGGCGGCUCAACAAGCUGCUGCUCAACAGGCUGCUCAGCAACAACAACAACAGCAGCAGCAGCAGCAGCAGGGUCAACAGCAAGGAAUGAUGGGUAAUCAGCAGGGGAUGUAGGACGUUCCUCCUGACGUUCCUGGAGUUGAUAUAGAGGAAGACGACGAUGGUCAUGGGGAUGGAAGUGAUCAGCAAGAGGCUCAAGAGCAACAAGGUCAGCAGCAACAGGGCGAAGUGCAACAGGGGAUGAUCAUGUCUGAGCAACAGGAUCAACAGGGACAACAGGCGAUGUAGCAUGGCCUGAUUCCUGUUGAGAUAGAGAAUCGCAGGGAAGAACAAAAGGAAAGACAGGAGCUGCUUGAUCGAGAGUCCAAGGAGAUAGGGCAGCAGGAUGAGCAAGCUACUCAAACUGAACCUCAAGCCGAAUCACCCAGUGUAAGGGAAAGAAGGCGUAAGCAUGAGUACGAUAGGAAAUGGUAUUGGAAUAACAAAGCUUUGCUGCAGCAGGAGAAGGACGAGCAGGCUACCCAACCUGGACCUCAUAUCGAAUCAGAGAGGCAAAGACAGGCAAGGCUUCAUCGAGAGCGCAUGAAGAAAUAUCAGCGGGAAAAGAGAGCUCUACAGCGGCAGCAAAAGCAGGAGCAGGAACAAAACGAGCAGGCUGCUCAAGCCGAAUCUCAACACGAACGCUCAAAGAGUCAAGGACAGACGUGACCCUGCCUUUGGAAUUGGAGGCAUUUGGACUGAUUGAUGGCGUGUGUACAUUUCUAGAUUUUGUUCCCCCAUGCAUAUAUAGGUCUUUUUAUACCCUGACUCUGGCAGUAAACUCGAUGGGGGUUGGUUGCUUUUGGAGGAAUCAUCAGGAAACGGGAAACAGGCGAUAUGAAAUAGGAAACAGGAAACAGGCAAUAGGAAUUGCGGAAAAGGAUAGGAAUUGGAUGAUCCAUCAUCAAUGGCAGCGCUAUUACACAAAGGAUUGUUUUGCUUCUCUUUCGUUACGCAGUUGAGAUAUCCAAC